AAGAGUUUAGGCUCCUCAGAGCAGCAAUACUACCAUGAGUCUGGAGAAGUUCCUCAUUCUGUUUCCAUUGUUUGUCCUGGUGCUCGGAUGGGUCCAGCCUUCCCUGGGCCAGGAAUCUAAGGUUGAGAAGUUUAAGAGGCAGCACAUAGACCCAGAAGGCUUCUUCAACGGCAGCCCCACCUACUGUAAUGAAAUGAUGGCGAGCCAGAAAAUGACAGAGGGGUCAUGCAAACCCAAGAAUACCUUCGUGCAUAAAUCCUUGGAAGAUGUCCAGGCUGUGUGCUCCCAGGAAAAGGUCACCUGCAAGAACAAGAAGAACAACUGCUACAAGAGCAAGGCUACCAUGCAGAUCACUGACUGCAGCCUCCUGGGGAACUCCAAGUAUCCCAACUGCAAGUAUAAGACCACUCACAACCUUCAGAAGCAAAUCAUUGUGGCCUGUGAAGGGAACCCCUCCCAACCAGUCCACUUCGAUGGUUCUGUGUAGGACUCCACCUAGGCCAAACCAGUGAGAUAUCCGUGUCUCCAAACCUCAUCACCUCACACC